UUUGCCCACGCGAACAGCGAAAAUGUCGAACAAAUUCGCCGAUAAAGAUUAUUUCUUGCGUUGCAGCGAAAAAACACUGCAGACCGACGAAAAGGGCUUCUUCUUGCAGUUUUCCGAUCACGUAAGCGAAAUCGCGGGCGAAAAAUGGAUUAGGAACACGUUCGGAAAACUAAAAAGUGACCGGGAACGUAUCGGGGCAAUCUACAGUUAUAAACCUGUGAAGGAAAUCGUGUGUGAAACUCUUGGUCACGUGCAGGAGGUGUAUCGCAAGAAAAGUGCCGAAAUUUCUCAUAAACGGCGAUUGGAAGUGGAGAAGCUUUUGGAAAAGGGAGAAAACGACAAGGCGUUACUGCUAGCCUGCCAGAGCGUACUAAGGGCCCCACCUACAGGUGAAAAUCAUAAAGUGGACGAUGGAUUUACUCUGUCCCUGGCCUACUGGACGCGAGCCGCCGUCUUGAUGGAACUUAAGAAGUACUCUUGGGCCUUGCUCGACUUACAGGCGGCACUAAAGGAAGGUGUUUCGGACGAUAUGAAAGUUGAAGCCUUCGUAAAGAUGGGCGCAUGCUAUAAGGGAAUGAACGAGCCGAAUAGGGCAAAAAUAUCCUUCGCCCUUGCCGAAAAAAUGCUUGCAGUUGACUCAGUUAAGUGGAAGAAACUCGAGCGUUACAGAGUGGGCGACUUUCAAGAGGUACGUGACGUAGAUAGGCGAGUGUUGCCGCCUCUUGCUGAAGAGCGACACGCGACUUUUACUAACGCAUCAACAAAAAUUGACGUCAAACAAGAUAUAGGCAAAGGUCGAUUUGCUGUGGCACGAAGCGAGAUACACGCCGGCGAUACCUUGGUUGUAGAGGCGCCUUCGGUCGCAUGCCUCCUGCCAGAGUGUUUCGCAACGCACUGCCACCACUGCUUUGACAGGCUUGAAUCGCCAGUCGGAUGCACAGACUGUGCCAGUAUCGCGUUUUGUAAGUCAGAAUGUCGGGAUGCCGCCUUGGAAACAUACCACAAAUACGAAUGUCACAUUCUCGAUCUUCUAAUCGGUUCCGGCAUGAGCGUUUUGUGUCAUAUGGCUCUACGGAUGGUAUCCCAAACGACAUUGAAAGAAUCUCUGAGCCAAUACGAGGAAUCUCGACCAUUCUGCACCAAUGCACACUUAAGACCACCGGAAGACUUCUUGCAAAGGACCCUAAUGGCGGCCUUUCUCUUGAGAUGCUUGCAGAAAACGAAUUACUUUAUUGAUGGGGAAGGAAAUGACGACGACGUCCCAAAUGAAGAAGAGCAGAAAAUUGGGGAGUUACUACUGUACAAUUUGGAGAUGCUUCAGUUUAAUGCUCACGAAAUAUACGAGACCCGUUAUGAGCAAGAGAACGAGCUGGAAAAUGCAAAAAUUGGCUACAUUGCUGUUGCCCUGUAUCCUACAGUCGCUCUUUUUAAUCACGAGUGCUAUCCGGCGGUUACUCGGCACUUUGUGGGAAGAAGUAUUGUAAUCACCGCCGUUCGGCCGUUAAAACUUGGAGACGUAAUUGCGGAGAAUUAUGGUCCGAUCUUUACCAGGAAGCCCCUGAUAUCCAGACAAAAAGCGUUAAGCUCCAGAUACUGGUUCGAAUGUAAAUGCGAGGCAUGCUCGCAAGAUUGGCCUAGUUUCGAGACCGGAUUGGAAACGAUAACUAAUCGUUUGCGAUGCCCAAAUGACAAGUGCACGAAUUUUUUUACUCUUCCUCUCUCGAAUGAGAAGCUGCGGUGUCCCAGAUGCAAGAAGAACGUGUCAAUGGUAGAUUUCUUGGAGAGUUUGAAGGAGGUUCAGAAGAACUAUGGAGACGCACACGAUUUGGUUAAGGAGGGUAAAACUGAUGAAGCAACUGUGCUGUUGUGUGAUGGAAUCAAUACAUUCCACUUAAUUUCUCGGCCUCCUCAUGGCACAACACAUGUCGCUCAAGAGGUAUUGCGCGCAUGCUUAGCUCAUAGAGGAAAUGUAUAUGUUAAGAGUAAAAGUUAGGCUCUCUACUUAAGUGAAAUAAAUUUGUUUAUGCUUUUA